AUGGCUUCCAGCUACUGGGAGGAAAUGGACCUCUGGGUUCCAGGAACCGAUGCCUCGGGUUCUAAGAACCUGACCUGGGAACAGCUUGACUUCAACCGCAACUGCUCUCACUGGGGACAUUGGCUAUCAGCUAUGCUGCAAACAGAUUCCUGGGAUCCGAAGACAACAAUAGGAAUGAGCGUUGAAUCGGCAAUGAUCUACUAUGCGUCAGCCAUGCCCAAGGGAUAUCACACGACAUUUGACGAAGUGGCUAAGUGGUUUGCGUACAAUAUGUAUCAUACCCCGUACCCUGAAAACUCGACUAUUCCCGAGUACUAUCUCUUCAGCGAACGCUUCAACUCGACUGUUUUAUACGGUCCAAAGCCACACUGCCCAACUGAAUUCUGCAAGGCUGUUGGGUACACCGGAAACCAAGACCUGUGUGGAAUUGGGGUAUGUAUCGCCGACUAA